AUUUGUGUCGGUAUAAUGGAAUAUUCAAAAUACUUAAGGACAUUCAUAGGAAGAGAUUUAGAUUGGAACAUGAAUUGGACCGAUGGAAACAAUAUGUUUGUGAUCAAACGAAAUGGCCACCAAGAAUCGGUCAUGUUCGAUAAGAUAACAUCACGUGUGAGAAAACUUUGCUAUGGACUGAACAUGCAAUUCGUUGAUCCAACCAUCAUUACGAUGAAAGUAAUGUCUGGAUUAUAUUCUGGUGUUACAACAAAAGAAUUGGAUGAAUUAGCAGCAGAAAUUGCAGCCACGUUGACCACUGAACAUAUUGAUUAUGCCAUUCUUGCCGCUCGAAUAGCUAUAUCAAAUUUACAUAAAGAAACAAAGAAAAAUUUCUCCGAUGUUAUUCAUGAUUUAUAUACAACGAUCAAUGAACAUACUGGUCAACCCACUCCAAUUAUAUCGAAAGAAAUUUAUGAAAUUAUAAUGGCCAAUUCUGAACGUAUUAAUUCUGCCAUAAUCUAUGAUCGUGAUUUUAAUUACAAUUAUUUUGGUUUCAAAACAUUAUAUCGAAGUUAUUUGCUCAAAAUUUGCGACAAGGUUGUCGAACGACCCCAACAUAUGUUAAUGCGUUGUGCUAUUGGUAUUCAUGGUGAUGAUAUCGAUGCCGCCAUUGAAACGUAUAAUUUAAUCUCUGAAAAUUGGUUUACACAUGCAUCACCUACAUUGUUUAAUGCCGGCACAAAACGGCCACAAUUAUCAUCAUGUUUUCUGCUUACUAUGAGUGAUGAUAGUAUUGAAGGUAUAUAUGAUACCCUUAAAAAUUGUGCCAUUAUUUCAAAAUCAGCUGGCGGUAUUGGUCUUAAUGUUCAUUGUAUCCGAUCUUCUGGUAGUUAUAUUGCCGGUACGAAUGGAUUUUCUAAUGGCUUGGUUCCUAUGUUACGUGUAUACAAUAAUACGGCUCGAUAUGUUGAUCAAGGUGGCAACAAACGUCCUGGAGCAUUUGCCAUCUAUCUAGAACCAUGGCAUUCGGAUAUCUUUGAUUUUAUAAAUCUUCGUAAAAAUACCGGAUCCGAAGAAUUACGUGCACGUGAUUUAUUUUAUGCCCUUUGGAUUCCUGAUUUAUUCAUGAAACGUGUGGAUCAAGAUGCAAUGUGGUCAUUGAUGUGUCCGAAUGAAUGUCCUGGAUUAUUUGAUUGUUGGGGUGAAGAAUUUGAAAAGCUAUAUGAACAUUAUGAAAAUGAAAAACGAUAUCGAUCACAAUGUCGUGCUCGUGAUCUUUGGUUUUCCAUUAUUGAAUCACAAAUCGAAACUGGCACACCGUAUAUGGUUUAUAAGGAUCAUUGUAAUCGUAAAUCAAAUCAACAAAAUCUUGGUACAAUCAAAUGUUCUAAUCUUUGUACGGAGAUUGUGGAAUAUUCAUCUAAAGAUGAAAUUGCUGUCUGUAAUCUAGCCUCGAUUGCUUUGAACAAAUUCGUUAAUCAUAAAAAUCGAAUCUAUGAUUUUAAAAAAUUGAAAUCGAUUGUUAAGGUUGUCACUCGUAAUCUAAACAAAGUUAUUGAUGUUACUUAUUAUCCCGUACCGGAAGCUCGAUAUUCGAAUCUUCGACAUCGACCGAUAGGUAUCGGUGUUCAAGGUUUGGCCGAUGCAUUCAUUCUAAUGCGUUAUCCAUACGAAAGUGAAGAAGCUCGAUUGCUCAAUAUUCAGAUUUUUGAAACAAUUUAUUAUGGUGCAUUAGAAGCAAGUUGUGAAUUGGCUGAACGAAAUGGUCCAUAUGAAACGUAUGAAGGAUCACCAGUAUCUAAAGGUAUUCUACAGUUUGACAUGUGGAAUCGUCAACCAACAUCUCUUUGGAAUUGGAACGAUUUGAAAGCUCGAAUCGCAAAACAUGGUAUACGAAAUAGUUUGCUUGUAGCUCCAAUGCCUACAGCUUCGACAGCACAAAUUCUUGGGAACAAUGAAUCUUUUGAACCAUAUACAAGUAAUAUAUACACAAGACGUGUUCUUUCCGGAGAAUUUCAGAUUGUCAAUCCUCAUCUUAUACGUGAUUUAACCGAAUUAGGUCUUUGGAAUAAUUUACUUAAAAUGAAAAUAAUAUCUUCACAAGGUUCAGUACAGAAUAUUGAUAGUAUUCCGAAGAAUAUCCGAGAUCUAUACAAAACUGUUUGGGAAAUAUCACAGAAAACAAUUGUCCAGAUGGCUGUUGAUCGUGGUGCAUACAUUGAUCAAAGUCAAUCAUUAAACAUUCAUUUUGCCGAGCCAAAUAUUACGAAAUUGACAUCAAUGCAUUUUUUUGGUUGGCGUUCAGGAUUGAAAACCGGAAUGUAUUAUUUACGUACGAAACCGGCUGCACAGGCUAUACAAUUUACGGUGGAUAAAACAAAAAUACGUAUAACAGAAGAAAUACAAGAGCCAAAUGACGUAAACGAUGGUAAUAAUGAUAAAAAUUCAGGUGAUUUUACAAUGAAUAAAACACGUGAAGAAAGAGAAUUAGCAUUAGCUAAACUUGAAUGUUCAUUGGCCAAUAAGGAUGCUUGUCUAUUGUGUAGUUCAUAAAUCAUUUCGAUAAUAAUAAUAUUAAAAUGACAUUGCCAA